CUUCCACUCGAUGAAGUUUGACAUCUUCAUAAAAAAGAAAUAUGUGGAGAGGUUGAUGUUAAAGGCGUAUUAAGGAAGAACUGUUUGUUUUGCUCGAGUGCGCCCCCUAAAGGAGUCCGCCGGCACUGACUUAGAAUGCAAAUAAACAUAAACCACUGACAUUUGGGUGGUGUUUGGCCCCUCCCACGAUGCACAGCUGCCUUCUGGUAUGCAGACAGCUGUCCUGUAUGACUCUACACAUGCGCACGCCCGUGCACGUGCACCAGCAGGACAUUUAAAGUUUAAAGGUCCAAAGAGGACAGCUGGUUGCCAGGGAGCUCACUUUCACUACGGUCUGAAGAAACGCGGACCCAGGGAGCACCUUCUCCUCGCUCAGACGUCGCUUCUUCAAGACCGGGAACCCUCCGCAGGACCCUCACUCGCCGCCAUGGGGGCCUUCAUCGCUAAGAUGCUGCUGCCCACCGUCAGCAGCGUGGUCUUCCUGCCCGCCGCCAGCGUGGCCGCCAAGCGAGGCUUCCACAUGGAGGCCAUGGUCUACUUCUUCACCAUGUUCUUCACUGCCAUCUACCACGCCUGCGAUGGACCCGGCCUCACCAUCCUGUGCUUCAUGAAGUACGACAUCCUGGAGUAUUUCAGCGUUUAUGGCACCGCUCUCUCCAUGUGGGUCACCCUGAUUGCUCUAGCAGACUUUGACGAGCCGCAGCGUUCCACCAUGACCAUGUUUGGAGUCCUCACCAUCAGCGUCAGGAUCUACCAGGACCGCUGGGGCUACGGGGUCUACUCGGGUCCGAUCGGCUCGGCCGUCUUCAUCAUCACCGUCAAAUGGCUCCAGAAGAUGAAGGAGCUGAGGGCGGUCUACCCCGACAAGCGGGUCUACACUCAGCAGGUGGGUCCGGGAUGCUGUUUCGGUGCCCUGGCCCUCAUGCUGCGCUUCUACUUUGAGGAGUGGGACUACGCCUACGUGCACAGCUUCUACCACCUGUCCCUGGCCGUGUCCUUGGUCCUGCUGCUGCCCAAGAAGAACCGCUACGCCGGGACGGGACGGAACGCCGCCAAGCUCAGCUGCUGGACCCUCUGCUGCUGCAGCUUGUCCCCAGGAUCGUCCAAGGAGAAGACAAAGAAGGCGGAGAAGAAGCCAUCCCGCUCUGUUUGGACCCCCACUCUGCCCCUGCUCUCCCCCCCACCCUCCACACCUGUCAAAGGCACCAGCAUCAGCAAGCUGAAGGAGAUGAACGGCUGGAAGUGACACUUGAGUGGCCGGCCAGAAGGCAGCCAUCUUUCUUUUCAGCUGCUAGAACAUUUAAGGUCGGCCCGAGCAGCAGGUGAAGACCAGGGGCGGAACCCAUAAAUGGCGGAUCAGAACACACACAGCGGCGCCAGUAAAAGUGACUGGCGAAGCAGCGAGGGGAACCAACAUGUCCAAAAUGUAUAAAUUGUCUGAAAUGAAAUGUUCCCCCCGGGAAGCGGACCGCCCGUCUGUCUGUUCGGACUUCCUCCCGGGGAAAGG